AAGUUGCUCUGAUUCCAGUGUUUGUUUUACGCAGGCGCAAAGCAUGCUGUUUGUCCAGUUACUCUGGUUGACUUACCUGUGAGGUGCAUCAGUUUCGGUUGAGACCGAAGGAAAGAAAAUACGAACCAGCACACGAACGUAUGUAUGACUGAAACCUGCCCGCUCCCGAAUUGCGGGACCUUAUUUUGGGGUGAAACAAGACUGGGGGGAAUAGAUCGCUCGAAUCGCCGCACUGAGAUUAUCAAUCAGUGUCACAGCAGCCAGCGGCAGGUGCGGAGAAUUUCAGUCAACUUGCAAAGGAAUUCUCACCACAUACUUUUUACGAAUGGCGGUUGAAUAUUAGGAAAAAAACUUGGUUGCUGAAGACGGGAGUUUUGGAAUAUUAGUGUUUCUUUCUCGAUCGUGUCUUAGCGAACACGCCACAGUAUUACUGCUUUUCGGUGUCACGGUGAAGUGUCAACGUAACAGCUGUGUUACUUCCUCUUAAGGUGUUGCCAGUGAGGAUUUAACUGAUAUCUGGUCCUGGUUCGCUUUCGUUAAGUAUUGCGGACUCCGGUCUUGUGGAAAGACGGUACAAAAAAAACAGUAAACAAAAAAAUGAUGGGUUUUCUGCGACGGACAUUCAGCAGACGGUCAAUGAGACGAUUUCACAUGUCGGACGAGCGAGACGGGAGAGGCGGAGGUUUCUCCGCACUACAAGCACACCAACAGCAGGUCGUUCAUGCCCCCGCCGUGGUGACCGGAGGAGCGGUGGUACAUAUUCCCGCUGCGGGAAACGCCAAGUCCAUAAUAACCUGCAGAGUUCUGCUGCUGGACGGAUCGGAUGUCAACGUAGAUCUCCCGAGGAAAGCUAAAGGCCAGGACCUGUUUGACCAGAUCAUGUUCCACCUGGACCUUGUGGAAGCGGACUAUUUCGGGCUGCAGUUCAUGGAUCUGGAGCAAAUUUCUCACUGGCUGGAUGGCACCAAACCAAUCAAAAAACAAAUAAAAAAUGGCCCUCCUUACACAUUAUACUUCAGAGUGAAGUUUUACUCUUCAGAGCCUAAUAACCUGCAUGAGGAGUUCACCAGGUACUUGUUUGUAUUGCAGCUCAGACAGGACAUUCUCUCUGGAAAGUUAAAAUGCCCGUAUGAUGUUUCUGUUGAAUUGGGUGCCUAUUGCUUACAAAGUGAACUGGGGGACUGUGACCCCUCAGAGCACUCUCCAGAGCUGGUGUCCGAGUUCCGCUUCACCCCCAAGCAGACCGAAACCAUGGAGGCCGCCAUCUUCCAGAAGUGGGUGGAGUGCAGGGGGAAAAUUCCUGCUCAAGCAGAAAUGAGCUUUCUGAACAAGUGCAAGUGGUUGGAAAUGUAUGGUGUGGACAUGCACUUCGUAAAGGGCAGGGAUGGGUGUGAGUAUGCUUUGGGCCUCACCCCUACUGGAAUCCUGGUGUUCGAAGGUUCUAAUAAAAUUGGCCUCUUCUUCUGGCCAAAAAUCACAAGGAUGGACUUUAAAAAAAGCAGACUGACUCUGGUUGUUGUUGAGGAUGAUGAUCAGGGCCGAGAACAGGAGCACACGUUUGUUUUCCGGCUGGACAGCGCGAAGACCUGCAAGCACCUGUGGAAAAGCGCAGUGGAGAGCCACGCCUUCUUCCGCCUGCGCCAGCCCACGCAGGUGAAGCCCCGGCGCAACGACCUCAUCCAGCUGGGCUCACGCUUCCGCUUCAGUGGAAGAACAGAGUACCAGGCCACGCACGUGAACCGGCUCCGGAGGGCCAGCACGUUUGAGCGGAGGCCAAGUAAACGGUAUCCCUCACGAAGGCAUUCCCUGGGAAAAGUACCUUCCACAUUUCCCCUGACUUCAGCUGUAAAUCCUGCGAAACCAGCACUUUUAAGCGCUCAGACUAGUCCUGACCCCGGCCUCUACCCGUACAAGCAGAACAUCCCAAUCACCCACGAGCCAUGGCACCCGCCCCACGCCAGCCUUGGACACCCUAAGUACCCUCCUCAUCCCGGACACACGCCUCCCCUUAGCUGCCCAUUAAGCACAGGAGCUGUGCAGCUGCAGCAGUUCAGUCUGGAGGAGAACGAGGUCGUGCCCUUCUCUGGGAAGGCUGGCCGGCGAUGCCUUCAUCACCACAGCGGGUAUGACUGCCCAGACCCGUGCAGUCUGCAGAACUCGCACAAGCUAAGAGCUGUGACUGCCUACCAGCCAGAGGAACCAGACAGGUUUGGGAAACAGGAGCUGGAAUCCAACAGAAUGGCUGUGCCCUGGCCCUCCCUGCACAUCAACAUGGACACCAGAACGGAGGAGAAGCCGCUGAGUGAGAAGGGCCUGCGGUCUCCGGUCUGCCCUGCCGGCCGGCCAGACCAUCUCAAAUGCAACAUCCUGAAGGCCCAGAUGGACGCCGCCUUUCGGGGGAGGAAGGAAGAGGCUUUGGACUUCCGGCACUCUUCAAGCAGCCAGGAGCACAAUGGCAGGUUUCCUUCUUCGUCCCAGGAUUCAGUUUCUUCCAGUUUGACGACAGAGAGGCCAUCUGUCAGACCAGACCGUAGAAAAAGACUGGUCAGGCAAUUCAGUUUUAACCAUAGUGAUGAAGAUGAUCUCCCUGAAGCACUUGCAGCCAUAUCGUCCCAAAGCAGUACUGGCCGGACCACCUCUGAGAGCUCCUUAGACAAGCAGAUCCAGCCACCCAUAUACCCCAAGGCUGACCUUCCCAUGUUAGAGGUAGAAGUGAAGUGCUGUGACCACACCCUGUCUCCGUCUAAACCCCCCACUUUCUCUCAGCCACCUGCACCCCCACUGCUGUCCUGCCAAACACCUCUCAAAAACAGGAUGUGUGCAUGGAGGUGUGAAGUCGUUUCGUGCGGGCUGUGUGCUGCAGUGCUGAGGCUCGGGGGCUGGACCAGGACAGGGAGAAGCUGAUGAGAAGACUCCUGAUGACUGAGCUGUGACAUGGAGCACCUGCAGGAGAGCAGCUGGGCUCAGUGUGCCUUCUGCAUGCCCGUGGAUGCUGGGCGCUGCCCACACACUCACCGCUUCGUGACCGCACCAUAACAAAGACACUUUUGAUAGUCACAACGUACAUCUUAGGAUUUUGACAAGUUAUAUAAUGUUGCCCUAAAUCUCUAAUGACAAAUUUAAACAUUUCAGAAUUCCAUACAAUUCCAUAUUUGCAGAAGGCCUCAAUGUGAAUGAAAGUAUUGUCCGUCUUUCAAAAUUUCCAUUAAGAAAUGUUAAAUUACUUUCAACAUGGUAAAAACGCAUAUUGAUCAUCUCUGCUUGGAUGGUUGGAGUCAUAGGGUCUGUUUUUUGUGUCAGAUCCACACAGACACGCUGAUGCUUACAGCGGGCUGUAUUUGUACCACUUGAGUGAUUUAGUAACUGUUUUAAUAAAAUUUAAUCCAAUAUUCGAACUACCCAUACUUAAGAAAUAUUGUAAACAUUCUCUUGUUCAGAAUUCAGAAAUAAACUCAUGAAUGUAACUGUUGGACAAUGUUAA